GAGAGAGACUGUGGAGGAGAGUGGGUGGUGCAGGCAGACGGCGGUAUAUCCAGUCUGACAGAGGGCGGGUCUCCUCAGAGGCAGGCGAGUGAGGAGGCAGCUAGCAGCAGCUGCCCGCAGCAGGUACGUCGUCGGGAUCCUCUAUGGGCAUAGGGAGCCGCUGACAGCGAGACCAAGUACCAGCCACUUCAUCUCCAGCCCAGAAUCUUCUUGCCGGUCUCUCCCCACACCCAGACCCCGCGCCUUCAGCCACCAUGACCCUGAACCACUCUCCGCUCAAGACCGCCCUGGCCUAUGAGUGCUUCCAGGACCAGGACAACUCCACGCUGGCUUUGCCGUCGGAUCAGAAGAUGAAGACCGGCACGUCGGGAAACCAGCGAGUGCAGGAGCAGGUCAUGAUGACUGUCAAGAGGCAGAAGCCCAAGUCUUCUCAGUCCUCCACCUUGACCCAUUCCAAUCGAGGUUCCAUGUAUGAUGGUUUAACUGAUAAUUACAACUAUGGGACCACCAGCCGGAGUUCCUAUUACUCCAAAUUCCAGGCAGGCAAUGGAUCUUGGGGAUAUCCGAUCUACAAUGGGACCCUUAAGAGAGACACAGAUAAUAGACGUUUCAGCUCCUACAGCCAGAUGGAGAACUGGAACCGUCAGUACAACCGAGGCACCUGCAACACCAUUGGUCCUGGCAGUGACAUAUGCUUCCUGCAGAACAUCAAGGCCAGUCGGAGUGAGCCAGACCUGUACUGUGACCCCCGGGGUACUCUGCGCAAGGGCUACACAGGCAACAAGAGCCACAAGACCACCCAGAAUCGCUACAGCUUUUACAGUACCUGCAGUGGGCAGAAGCCUGUCAAGAAGUGCCCAGUGCGCCCUCCUUCCUGUACAUCCAAACAAGAUCCUGUCUACAUUCCACCUAUCUCCUGCAACAAGGACCUCUCCUUUGGACACUCAAGGGCUAGUUCCAAGAUCUGCAGUGAAGACAUAGAGUGCAGUGGCUUGACUAUUCCCAAGGCUGUGCAGUUCCUGAGCUCUCAGGAUGAGAAAUAUCAGGCUAUUGGGGCCUAUUACAUCCAGCAUACCUGCUUCCAGGAUGAAUCUGCCAAGCAACAGGUGUACCAGUUGGGAGGAAUUUGCAAACUGGUAUCUCUUCUCCGGAGCCCCAAUCAAAAUGUCCAGCAAGCUGCAGCUGGAGCCCUCCGCAACCUGGUCUUCAGAAGCUCCACUAACAAGCUUGAGACCAGGAGACAGAAUGGGAUCCCGGAGGCAGUGAACCUCCUGAGGAGGACUGGGAGCACUGAGAUACAGAAGCAGCUCACUGGGCUGCUCUGGAACCUGUCUUCUACUGAUGAGCUGAAGCAAGAACUCAUUAAUGAAGCCCUCCCUGUUCUGACCGAUCGGGUUAUAAUCCCCUUCUCUGGAUGGUGUGAUGGCAAUAGCAACAUGUCCAGAGAAACAGUGGACCCAGAAGUUUUCUUCAAUGCCACCGGCUGUUUGAGGAACCUGAGCUCAGCUGAUGCUGGACGCCAGACUAUGCGUAACUACCCAGGGCUGAUUGAUUCUCUUAUAUCCUAUGUCCAAAACUGUGUGGCAGCCAGUCGCUGUGAUGACAAGUCUGUGGAGAACUGCAUGUGUAUCCUGCAUAAUCUGUCUUACCGUCUGGAUGCUGAGGUGCCUACCCGUUAUAGCCAGCUGGAAUAUAACGCCCGCAAUACCUUUACUGACAAGUCCUCUACUGGCUGUUUCAGCAACAGGAAUGAAAAGAUGAUGAAUAACAACUAUGACCUACCUUUGCCUGAGGAGGAAACCAAACCAAAGGGAAGUAACUGGCUCUAUCACUCUGAUGCCAUUCGUACUUACCUGAACCUCAUGGGCAAGAGCAAGAAAGAUGCCACCCUGGAAGCUUGUGCUGGUGCCCUGCAGAACCUCACUGCUAGCAAAGGACUGAUGUCCAGUGGCAUGAGCCAGUUGAUUGGGCUGAAGGAAAAAGGGUUGCCUCAAAUUGCCCGCCUUCUUCAAUCAGGCAACUCCGAUGUGGUCAGGUCUGGAGCCUCCCUACUGAGUAACAUGUCUCGUCAUCCUGUGCUGCACAGAGCAAUGGGGAACCAAAUAUUCCCAGAAAUGACUCGUCUCCUCUCUAGCCAGACGGGCAACACCAGCAACUCAGGGGACAUCAUGUCAUCUGCUUGCUACACCAUGAGGAAUCUGAUGACCUCCUUGCCCCAGAUGGCAAAGCAGCACUUCACCAGCAGCAUGCUGAAUAAUGUGGUCAACAUGUGCCGGAGUGGUUCACCAAAAGCUGCAGAAGCUGCCCGACUCCUUCUCUCUGACAUGUGGUCAAACAAGGAGCUCCAGGGUGUCCUCAGACAGCAAGGGUUCGAUAGGAACAUGCUGGGAUCCUUAACUGGGACCAAUGUCCUAAGAAACUUUAGCUCCCGGUUCUAAGGAAAGGACAUCAUCAUAUGUUCAACUUGCAGAAAUGCAGUGACCCAACCAAGAAGACUAUAAGUCUUGCCGGAUGGGUUGGUCUGUCCACCCUUUGCAGUAUUUGGAAAAGUUAAAACUCUGAGAACAAAAUCUGAAAACCGUGGACAAUGGAGAUAUUUUUAAACAACUUUUUUUUUCCCAGCUUGGGGUUAUAGUCAAGGGAUUUGGGGGGUGGGAUGGGGUAGAAGUGGGAGGGAGCUUUCCUGAGUUAAAGGGACUUUUAUCUGAUGUCAAUAAUUCCUUCUCAAAAAGAUGGUAUAUAUAUAAAUAUAAAUAUAUAUGUAAUGUAUGAUUGUAUGUGUGUGUGCAUGCAUGUUUAUGUAUAUGUAUGUAUGUGUGCCUGAAAGUGUGAGCAGAAAGAGAAGAUAGGUACCCAUUUUUUACAACUGUGUGUAAAAGAUGGUGAAAAAGAUACUUCUCUGUCUCACUUACAGACAGAUAUGAAAUAUUAUACUUUUGUGUUAGCUUCUAAAAUGCAUUAAUAUUGGGCAGAAAAUUGGUACCACUUUCCCUGCCUCCAUCAUAAUCAGCUCUACUGGCCUCUAAAGUGAGUCAUGGAGGAGGAGGCCCAGAUCAGAGCUCCAUGUCUGGCCAGACAGUCCAUCACUUGACUUGGUCCCAGUUGACUAAGGGAAGCCGCUCAACUCACCGCCUUGAGAGGAUGCAUUGAAUGGAAGGAGUUUGACUUCAGCCUUUAUCAUGGAAAGACCAGACAAUGAACUAUUUCCUGAAAUUAUCUGUAACUGACACCUCCAUGCCUUCUGUAUUAUUCUGUUUUAUUCUUUUCUGUUUUACAAGGGCCAGGUUUCUGCAGGCUGCGGGACUCUCAACAAGCAUUGGGGAAAUUGUUUUGGUUCAUGUUGUCUGAUAUCAGCGCAGGGGGUAAUGGGAGCUGAAGAGAUAGCUAUCACCAGCAUCAUAUGGGUAGGGCUGGGGCUAGGUUGAGUGUCGUACAGAGAGCAAGGCCAGUGGAUAUGGUCUCUGCCUUUGGGAAGUUUUCAAUCUAUGUGUUGCAAGAUGUAGAUGGGGAAAAUACUGCUCAAAAGUCACACAAGAUGCUAAUCAGGUGACAGCGGUUUCAGCCUGGAUUUGAGGGUCUUGUUGGUUCUAUUCUUUCCAAAUAGAAUGGGUGGGAAAAGGUGGGGGUGGCUCUUAAUGGAAGCUGCAGUCAUCCAGACAAGCCGUGGGAAUGUUUGGGAUGAUGGUUUCAAAUGAAUGAACUCACUCCUAGUUUCAGGGACCCCUGAGAUGGGAUUCCAAAAGAAGAAAAGGAUCUUGGUCACAUUAGGAGAAGGGAACAACACAACCAGGGCAACAAGAAUCACAGCCCCAUUCGGAGGUCAUUUCAUUGACUCCCUUUCUUCCAAGUAGCAAUGAGCUUUCAUACAGACUGGCAUCUCAGUCUGAAAGCCGGCUCACCCUCUUCACCUGCCAAGGAUGGAUAGCUGUCUCUAUUACCUUUUCCAAACACUUUCUCUGUGUCCCGUCCAAAAGUGGAAAAGGACUGCCUUGGCAAGUAGUGACUUCUUCAUCACUGGGGUCUUCAAGCAGAAGCUUCCCAUUUCAAAAGGACAGGGGAGAACUCAAACUCUGAAAUCCAUUCCAUAUUCUAUAUUUCUCUGUCAUAACUGUAGACUACUUUAAAGGCAGGGUAGUAUAUAGUAAGAAGAGCAUUGGAUUUAGUCAGGAGCUAAGCUGAAAUCCUAGCUUUUCACUCACUAUACCUAUGACCUUGGUCAAAUUAUCUCACUUAUCUAGGUCUUAGUUUCCUCAUCUGUAAAAUGAAAGGGUUGAUUUUAGAUGACCUCUCAUAUCUCUUUCAUCUCCAAAUCUAUGAUCUUAUAAUCCACAUUUAGUUGAAUGGUUAUGACUCAUUCUGUCAUAUGAUGUGGUGGAAAAGGGAGGCUCAUCCAUUACUCUCAAAGAAUCAAGUGGAAUUUCAGCAGCUCCCUUUAGCCUUUAGUCUAUUUUGAACACUUCCAUCCUGACCCCUUACUUCCAAUUCCUGGUGGUGUCUUGAAAAUCUGGUACUACUGAACUGGAUUUAACAUAGAUUUCAAGAUGCACUCAAGACCAAAUGGAACAGUGCUGGACAGUGGUAGGAAGAUCUAGAGGAAACAAAGAUAUUGUUCCUGCCCUCAGGGAGCUCCCACUCUGAUGGGAUAAAAUAUACAUACACACAUAUACACACAUACAUACCCUAAAAACAUAGACACAAAUAUUUAGAAAUAUAGGAACAAUUUUAAAUAAAUCUAAGUCAGACAUAUCCAUCCCCUGGCUGUAUUCUUGGAGUUCCCCCUUUCUCAUCACUGUCCUGAAAAAGAUAGUUACCACAAAGAGCCUUUUAGCUUUUCCUGAACAAAGGAAACAGUCUGGUUGUCCUGUUUAAUAGGGCCUGGUGUAAUACAGAAACAAGACAGCUUUUAUUGUGGUACAUUGUUUACAAUGGACAAUGGGUCAAGGUCAAAAUGGUUUUCCUGAGUUAUUUGUCCUCUAGGGAGCUGGAGGUAGCAGAAAAAGUGCCAACUAGAGAAGGUCUGUCUGUGUGAUGGCUGCUACUUUGGUUGAGGACAUACGUGGGGAAGGGUUCAUAGUAGACUUGUCACUUUCCUUCCAUGGAAUUGACUUUCCUCUUCUUUAAAAUGGAAUGCAAUAGGGAAGCAAAUGGCAGGAAUGGCCCAGUUCUAAAUUAUAUGAGUCCAGAAAUUCCCCAAAAUUACUUUCUGAGAAGGAAGGUACGUAGCCCUUCCAUUCUGGAUCUUUAUUUGGUAUUUUGCAGCAAAAUUAUUAUCUUCGAUCGAGACCUUGGCUUACCUUUCCUUCCCCAAAUCUACCUUCUGCCUGACUUUCAUCCUGACAGCCCUUGGAAAUUUAAAUUGUAGCCUGCUUGGAAGGACUGAUUCCAAGCGUGGGGAAGCAGAGAGAUUGUAUACACUUCCAUUUUCCCCUUAAAGACUUGAUAGGCCAGCAACAUACUUCUUAGUUUUGUUGUGUGUUGUGAGAUGAAGAAGGGACAUAGGUGACCUGAGGUGUCUCUAUAUAUAUGGAAAAUUUGAGGCAACUUUUGUUCUCCUGCUCCUGAACACAGCUGACUGUGGCAGUAUCCCGUUCCCAAACUAAACCAUGUGAAUUUCUUGCGUGAGGAUCUUGUGGUUUCCCUGUAUGGCGCUCUGUGUAUUUGCUUUUUUAAAAAAAAAUUAGGAAAUCAAUAAACUGCUGGAGUUUCUUUGAA